GUGUUCCAUCUGGGUCUCUGUCGUUGGAAAACGCGAGGAAGGGUUUCUGGUUAGACGGGUUGAGCUCGGACUUGUGCAAUCAUGAACGGUCAUCACCACUAUGCAGAGGAUGCAGACGACGAGACAGAGCGGGACCACCGCUCUAGCACGCUCUCAGACCCGUCCUCCAGCCGCACCGGCACCAGAGGCAUGAACGGAGGAUAUGACCCUGACUUGCGUACAUCCGUUACAGACCUGCCCGACGCCGUCCCAAUGCUCCCCUACUGGUCGGCGAAGCGACACCUUACCUGCGGAAACCCCACGCCUCCUCCUCCUGGAACACCGAAGAUGGUACCGUGGCGUGCGGCGCCUGGCAAGAUCAAGACCGCGCAUGCCGCUCUGGUUCUCUGCCUUAACAUCGACGUCGAUCCUCCAGACAUCAUCAAGACCAACCCUUGCGCUGUUCUUGAGGCAUGGGUAGAUCCUCAUACCAUGCCGUCCCACAAGGCCUUGGAGGUCAUUGGCACGAACCUUCAGCACCAAUUUGAGGGCCUCAACCCCAAGAUAUCUUACAAGCCGAUCCUCGAUCCCUCCAAGGAAGACCUGAAGCGCUUCUGUGUUACCUUGCGCAAGCAGGCGAUGGAUGAUGCAGUCCUCUUUCACUAUAACGGACAUGGAGUACCGAAGCCUACGCCUAGUGGAGAACUGUGGUGUUUCAACCGGAACUACACGCAGUACAUCCCCAUAGCCCUUCAGGAAAUCCAGAGCUGGCUCCGUUCUCCGUGCAUCUUCCUGUGGGACUGUUCAGCAGCAGGAAACCUGCUCAGCAACUUCGUCAAGUUCGCAGAGCAGCGCGACAGCGACGCGAAGCUACAUGGAGGCGGCUAUCCCGAGGGCACGCCUCCAUAUUCAGAGUGUAUUCAACUAGCAGCGUGCGCAGCUGACGAGCAGUUACCCUCGUGCCCAGAACUUCCCGCCGACCUCUUCACCUCGUGUCUGACCUCCCCUAUUGACAUCGCGCUACGAUACUUCCUGCUCAACAACCAGCUUCCCAACGACAUCUCUACGGACCAGGUCAUGCAGCUGCCAGGCGACCUAAAGGACCGACGAACGCCCCUCGGAGAGCUGAACUGGAUAUUCACCGCGAUCACGGACACCAUUGCGUGGACCACGUUCCCUCGCGAGGUAUUCACGCGCCUGUACCGGUCCGACCUGCUAAUUGCUUCCCUCUUCCGCAACUUCCUGUUAGCCGAGCGCAUCAUGAAGAACUACCACUGCACGCCCCAUACAUACCCCCCUCUUCCUCCGACCAACACUCAUCCUCUCUGGGCGGCCUGGGAUCUGGCCGUAGACGCGUGCCUGCGCCAACUCCCGGAUCUCUUGAAGAACGCGGAUUCCAAUAUCCCGAAGGAUGUAUCCCUUGGCGCGCGGAAUCGACGGCAGGCAGCUGCGAACGGUCAAGCAGCCCACGCAGGGCCGUCAACGACCCCUGGCGAGAAGUCGUACACAUACAUACCGAGCAGAUUCUUCACCGACCAGCUCACUGCAUUCGAAGUCUGGAUCUCCCGAGGCGGAUCGGCACUUACGAAGCCGGGUCCGCUUUCCUUGCCUAUACAGACUCCCAUGGAUCAGCUAGGUUAUGACGGUGCGACCGACCAAGCACCGUACCCUGCCAACACGCUGGAGCACAGCGACCACCAUCUCGUUCCUCGCAAACCUCCAGAUCAGCUUCCCAUCGUCCUGCAGGUCCUACUUUCCCAGCCACAUCGACUGCGGGCCUUGAUUCUGCUGUCACAGUUCGUCGACCUGGGCCCCUGGGCGGUACAUCUCGCGCUCACAAUUGGCAUCUUCCCCUACAUUGCGCGUCUCCUCCAGGCCGCGGGCCAGGACUUGAAGCCUGUCUUGAUCUUCAUCUGGGCGCGGAUCUCCGCCGUGGACCCUAGUUGUCAGGUCGAUCUGUUCAAUAACGGAGGGUUCAAGUACUUCGCUUCCGCGCUCGCAGCUCAGGACGAUCCGCGACAGGCUGUAUUCCCGAACGGCUCGGAGCACAAGGCUAUGUGCGCCUUCAUCCUCUCGACCAUCGCGCGUGACUACGUGCAGGGGCAGAACGCGUGCUUGAACGAGCGCGUCCUCGAUUCAUGUUUUGAGCAUCUCGACGAGGGCGACUUCUUGCUCCGCCAGUGGUCCGCCCUGUGUAUCGCGCAGAUAUGGGAUGCCAACGAUGAUAUCAAGGUCUACGGCGUCGACAGUGGCAUGCAGGACAAACUGAUCGCACUCCUCUCGGACGACUCGCCGGAGGUGCGCAGCGCUGCCCUGUACGCGCUCAGCACGUUCCUGGGCGCGUCUGGCUCCUCGGACCUGAACAAGCUCGGCGGCGGCGGAAGCGGCACGAUGUACCAGCUCGACGAGCCGGACCACUUCCGGAUGGAGGUCGCAGUCGUGACAGGCGCGACGCUUGCGAUCAAGGAAGACGCCAGUCCGAUGGUCCGGAAAGAGCUCCUCGUGCUCAUCAGCUGUCUUGUCAAGGAAUGGCGUGGGUACUUCAUCGUCUGUGCAUGGAUCUAUUGGGAAGAGGACCGGCGGUGGAAGGGAGGCGAGGAGAACCAGCAUCCGGACGACGAUGUUGCGGCUUUCGCCGUCACCGAGUGGCUGGAUAGCUUCGGCGACGAUGAGGACUACCGCGCGGAGAACCGGGUUCUGUUGUCAUCACUCUUCACGAUCUUCUCGAUCCUGCUUGAGCUCUCCGUGGAUCCGUACCAGGAGGUUGCCACGAACGCGCAGACUAUCGUGGACUACAUCAUGGCCCUCCUGCUGGCGUCUCCGUUCACGAGGUUGGAGAGCACGACGCUUAAUAGGCCUCCCACAACCGCGUCGGAUGCGAAGUCACUUCUGAACGGUACACGGCAGCGCGUUCCGUCGAACCAGUCUACGCAUACGGGCUCGCAGGUACCGCUGUCGCCCUCAGGUCGCCCUCCAUUAACCCGGAGUGAGACUAUGACCAGCACGAUCCAGAAUGGCGUGUCAAGCACAUUGCGGCGGACAUCGUCCUUCGCCAACGCGCUGCGGAGCCUUGCGGGAAACAUCGCGUUCCCUACUCUGGAGGAUGGCCGCUCAUCGCCGCGACCCCAACAGACCGAACACGCCCAGGAACGUACAGAGGUCGUCGAGGGUGUAUCGAGACCACCAUCCCCGAAUCUCAACUUCGCCCAGUAUACGUCGCCUUAUUCGCGUCCAGAAAGUCCGGAUGACGCCUAUUUGCAGCCAGCUUCGGCAUCGCGCACCAGCUUGUCUUCUCAGUCUCAGCAGGAACCCGAAUCGCCCACCAUGGGCUUCAUGCCCUGGAACGUCAUGGACGCCUUGAUGGCGGAGGACAUGGAGCGCCUGCGGGCGCGGCGGCGUAUCAACAGCCACAACCGGCAACAUGGUCAUUCGCACCACCGAGAUGGCUUCGGUGGCGGAGCGAGCCCGUCAGGGAGCACCUUCUCGAUGGACUCCAGCAUCAUCCUCGGCCUCGGCACGGGCGUCGGCCUGCGCGAUGUUCUACCACUGAAGAGCCGGUUUUAUGACUGGUGUUGCGAGUACUUCAAGGAGCCGCAGAUGAGGCAACCGGAGGCAGAUGAGCCCGGCAGCGUGCAGUACAACUACCAGGUUUGGCGGCAGCAGCGGAACGAGCAGGUGAUGGAGGACACCCACAAGCAGGCCCUGGAAGCGCCGCGCUGCAGAUGGGAUCGACCGGUGACUACGAUCCAGAUCAAUGGGUUGCCGCUCUCCCUCGCCUUCCACGCUUUCGACCCUCAUCUCGUCAUUGCCAAUGAGUCGGAUAUGGUCACCGUAUGGGACUGGAUCAAGCGCCGACGUCUGAACCGUUUCUUCAACGGAAAUCCUCGGGGAACUAGCAUCACGUCCCUGCACAUCAUCAACCAAGAUGUGGGAGGGAUCAUCCUCACCGGUGCAGCGGACGGGAUGAUUCGUCUCUACCGCAACUACGAUCCCAAUCUCUGCAACGGCCCAGUGCAGAUGGUCAGCGCGUUCCGCGGCUUGAACGAGGUCCUGCAAGUGAAGCGCGGCAGCGGCGUCGUGACGGACUGGAAGCAGUCCGGCGGCACGCUGCUCGUCGGCGGCGACUCGCGCAUCGUCCGCGUGUGGGACGCACACACGGAGAGCCAAAUGAUGGACCUGGACACAAAUGCGGAGAGCCCCGUCACGGCGCUCAUGUCUGACACCGGCUCAGCUCCCACGUUCCUGGCAGGGUUCGCGGAUGGCGCGGUGAAGAUCUUUGACCGGCGGCACGAGGAGGUCGUCAGGUCGUACCACCAGCACCCGUCCUGGGUGCAGAACGUGAAGUGGCAUCCCACGCUCUCUGGACAGUUCCUUUCGGGCAGUAUGGAUGGCGAGGUCAAGCUGUGGGACCUCCGCGGAGGCGACAGCCCUGUGCAGACGUGGGACCUCUUCCCGCAGGGCCUCUCCGCAUUUGACGUGCACGAGCAAACAGAAGUCUUCGCCGCUACCUCUUCGCUCAUGGUCUCAAACUGGCGCACGCAACGCACAGAGGUGCAGUCGCUCGCGACGAAACGUGCGCUGGGCUCGCUCACGACGGGCCUCGCGAUCCCGCCACCACGCGACUCGACAACACCAUUCACGCCGCGCACGAGCAGCCUCGCGUUCCACCCACGCGAGAUGGUCUACGCCGUCGGUUCCUGGGAUGGCACUGUCCGCAUCACGGGCUGCAAGCUCCCAUCAGUAUCAUAGACGCACACGUUCCGUCGGACACUCGCUCUCAUCUCGUUCUCCGUCCAGCGCUCUCCACUCGUCAGUCGUCGUCGAAGGACCGUACAUAGCAGCCCGCACGCUUCCCACCGUCUCCGCCCCGCCCCCGUGCGUGGGCCUUAAUAUCGGGCACCGCAUCCGCAUCCACACCCGCACCGCCCGCCCGCCCCCCUAGCUCCCGAAUCCCUAUUCGCGCUCCGUGCAUAUGCAUAUGCCGACGCCGCCCGCCGUGCGCGGGCGGCCUCGUAUAAGUACUCGUACAGCAGUAUGUACCAUAGUUCAAGUAUUAUAGCGUCUUGUAUUGCGAUCCGGCGUUUCUGGCUGUGGCUACAAUGAGGACCCU